AUGAGUUACUACGCUCAACCACCUCAACAAGGCUACUACGGUCCACCUCAAGGUGGCUACCCACCUCAAGGUGGUUAUCCACAACAAGGUGGUUACCCACAACAGCAACCUGUCGUCUAUCAACAACCACCACCACAGAAGCACGACAGUUGUCUCGAUACAUGUUUGAAAUUACUAUGUUGCUGCUGUUUGUUCGAAAUGGUGUGUGGUGGUGACGGAGAUUAUUAA